AUACCAAAGACUUAAAAAAUGAAAAUAAAAAAUAGCUGAACCCUUUUACUCAAAGAUAAGUCGCCUCAUUUUCUUCGCCUUCCCCAUCUUUUCUCUCCGCACCCUCUUCGGUUCCUCUCGUACAGUGCUUCAAUGGCUCCCAACCGAUGGCUGAGGCCCGAGGUGUAUCCUCUGUUCGCGGCCGUAGGAGUUGCUGUAGGGAUCUGCGGGUUUUCGCUCGUCCGCAACAUCUGCAUCAACCCUGAAGUCAGGGUGAAAAAGGAGAACAGGACUGCAGGAGUGCUGGAUAACUUUGCCGAGGGGGAGAAGUAUUCAGAGCAUUUCCUGAGGAAGUUUGUCCGCAACAAGACCCCAGAAAUCAUGCCAUCCCUCAACAGUUUCUUCACAGAUCCUAGUCGAAACUAAAUGCCCAAGUAAAGAGUUGAGGUGUAAACUCUAGAAUGGUGUGGUUUGCAGUUGGAAAUCGCAUUGAAUUUGCAUCUGGCAGAUGCGGUUGAACUUAAAUAAAGUUUUGGGUGGAUAAUGUUUUGAACUCCCUUUGUUUAAAUCAGGAUGAUGUCCUCUUAAAAAAUGGAAUGUUGUUCUUUAUUCUGUUUUAACUGUAAUUGGUAGAUGUUGCCAAUUUGAUAUAUAAAGGUAAUCAGCUGGUUCUUCUUUUGA